AUCCCAGUUCGGCUGGCUGUGAUGACAAACAUGGGAUCGAUUGAGAUGGUACCGGCAGACGAUGAAGAUUCCGCGUUCUUACUGGUUUCAGACAACAGCCCAAGCUCUCACAAGAAGACAGGGUAUGAGCCACCUGUGUUAGGCGCAUACCAUUGUGGACGAUGUGGACAGAAAAGGCUCACUGGUUGCCUUUUGACAUUAGUCAUCGUUGUUAUCUCGGCUCUGAUUGGUGUAAUCUUACGUCCAGUAGUACUCCCAUCAUGUCCGGAUAAUUUCCCGUCCACGAGUCAAUCAACGACUUUCUCCCCAGCAUCGGAAACUACAACUCAAGAACCGUCUUCCAGUGGGAAGCCUUAUCCUUGGAAAGACAUUCGAUUACCACGAGAUAUCUUACCGGACUCAUAUCACAUUCACAUGCAUCCUAAUAUAACAGAGUCUUGGUUCAGGGGCACGGUUGAAAUUCACCUGCGGGUGGAGAAGGAGACGAACUGUAUCAUAUUCCACGCCAAAAAUAUUAACAUCACUAGUCACGUUUUGAUAUACGACAGUCCGGGAAAAAGGAAAGUUGAUAUUGUGGAAGCAAUGGAGUAUAAACCGUUUGAGCAGUACUAUCUGAAACUAAAUCGUACGUUGCUCAAAAAUGACAGGGUUAUGUUGACCUUGGAAUUCAAGGGCGCCCUAGUGCGGAAGUUGACUGGCUUCUACAAGAGUAGUUACAAAACAAAGGCAAACGAGACAAGAGAAAUAGCUACGACGGAUUUCGAGCCGACGGACGCCAGGACGGCCUUUCCGUGUUUUGAUGAGCCUGACAUUAAAGCCAAUUUCAGUUUGUCCAUGGUGAGGGACACACACCACAUCUCCCUGUUCAACAUGCCUCUGGCGAGCAGCGCCCCCUACCAAGGGAACUCACUACUAGUGGAAGACACGUUUGAGGCCAGCGUGAAAAUGAGUACUUAUUUGGUGGCAUUUGUGGUCUGUGACUUCGCCAAUCUGACGAGUCACACAAACUCAGGUGUAAUGGUCCGUGUUUUUGCCCCACCCGACAAUAUUCAUGAAGGGCAAUUCGCUCUGGAUGUAGCCGUCAAAGUUUUACCUUUCUACGAAGAGUUCUUCGGAAUCCCGUACCCAUUACCCAAACAAGACUUAAUCGCCAUUCCCGAUUUUAACUCCGGUGCUAUGGAAAACUGGGGCCUGAUAACUUACAGGACGACGUCAAUCCUGUACGACCCGGAAGCUACGCCAUUCACAUCACAGCAGUACGUGGCCAGCACUGUGGCUCACGAGCUCGCCCACCAGUGGUUUGGAAAUCUGGUCACCAUGAAAUGGUGGGACGACCUCUGGUUGAAUGAGGGCUUUGCCAGCUACAUGGAGUACAUAGGGACAAAUGUUGUGAAGCCUCAGUGGAAAAUGCUGGAGCAGUUUAUCACUGAAGACUUUGAGGACGCCCUGAGUCUCGAUGCUCUAGCCACUUCCCACGCGAUUCAGAUCCCCGUAGAGAACCCGAACCAGAUCAACGAGAUAUUCGAUUCCAUUUCUUAUUACAAGGGUUCCAGUCUUAUAAGGAUGUUGCAAAAUUUCCUUGGUGAGGACAAUUUUAAGAAAGGCUUGCAAGCAUACCUGAAGAAAUACAUGUUUAGUAACUCGGAAACGGCUAAUCUCUGGGACUCCUUGUCAGAGGUGAGAAAAUAAAAUGUCGAUGUCAAGGCGAUGAUGGACACGUGGAUUGGACAGAUGGGUUACCCCGUCGUGACGCUUUCCAGGACUGAUAAUACCAUAGAGGCAACACAGGAGAGGUUCUUGCUCAACUCAGGGGAGACUACCAAUGAAACUCAAACUCAGUUUGGAUACAAAUGGUGCAUUCCCCUUAAGUAUGUAUCCUCGCAGACGAUGAACAUCUCGAGUGAAGCAAUGAUGAACUUGUCAUCAGUUACAUUUGAUGUUUCUCCACAAACAACGUGGAUCAAAGCAAAUGCUGGUACGUACGGUCUAUACCGUGUGAACUACGAGAAAUCAAUGUGGAAGCAACUCACAGAUUUAAUGCUGAUAAACCAUACGAUCUUGUCUCCAAGCGACAGAGCCGGGUUGAUAGACGAUGCGUUUACGUUGUCUCGUGCUGGCCUUCUCAACCUCUCCGUAGCCUUGAACCUCAGCCCCUACUUGCUACGCGAGAGAGAUUAUACGCCCUGGAUAAAGGCGAUCGGUCAUCUCAGCUACAUAAGACAUCGCCUGCAGGACAGACCAGCGCAUGCUCACUUCAAGAAAUACUACCUACAUUUAGUGCGGCCUGUGCUAGGUAGUCUCAGCUGGAACAACACGAUUUCUCAUUUGGACAAGUUUCUACGCAACAUUGUAUUCAAAGAAGCUAUUAACCUCGGUGACGAGAGUACAAUCUUAGAGGCUAAGACAAGAUUCGCCGCGUGGAUGAGUGGAAAUCAAAGUUUAGACGCAGACCUGAAGGACAUAGUGUACAAAGCUGGCAUUCAAUAUGGAGGGGAGAGAGAAUGGGAAUUCUGCUGGAGGCGAUAUCUGGAAACGAACAUUGCAUCUGAACGGAAACUUUUGUUGAUAGCUCUUAGGAAAACUCGAGAUACACAGCUGCUAACACGUUUUCUCCACUACUCGUUGGACCCGGAUAAGAUCCGUGCUCAGGACAGCGUGAACAGCAUAGGGGGCGUGGCGGAGAACCCGGCGGGCAGGCUACUGGCCUGGAGGUUCGUGCGGCAGAACUGGGCCCAGGUCCGUGACAGGAUAGGAUACGGGGCGUUCUCAAUCAGCAGGCUGAUAAAGAAGACACUGUCCACAUUCUCCACCCAGUUUGAUUAUGAUGAGGUAGAGGCAUUUUUCGCUGACCGUGAUGUGGGGUCAGGUACGAGAGCCGUCAAACAGGCGCUGGAGAGGAUCAAGAUGAACAUGGAGUGGCUGGAGUCUCACGAGAAAACUGUCUCAGAGUGGCUUCAUAAGAAUAGCAGUCAACCGUAGAUACAAGAGUCUUUAUCUUCAAGAACACAACAAAUAUAGAGCCAACUGCUUCAUCUAUAAAACAGUCUACGGAAUAUAGAGUCAACUGCUUCAUCUGUAAAACAGUCAACAGAAUAUAUAGCCAAUUGCUUCAUCUACAUAACAAUCAACAGAAUCUAGAAACGGCAGCUUCAUCAGCUAAACAGUCGAAUAUAGACCCAACUGCUUCAUCUGUAAAACAGUCUACGGAAUAUACAGCCAACUGCUUCAUCUGUAAAACAGUCUACGGAAUAUGGAGCCAACUGCUUCAACUGUAAAACAGUCAACAGAAUCUAGAGCUAACUGCUUCAUCUGUAAAACAGUCAACAGAAUAUAGAGCCAUUUGCUCCAUCUACAUAACAAUCAACAGAAUCUAGAGACGACAGCUUCAUCAGAUAAACAGGAGUGAGUGAGUGAGUGAAAGUUUUAACGUCGCUUUCAACAAUAUUUCAGUUUUAUCGCGACAAUAAAACCUCAAAUAGUCGAUCUACUACGGAUAAUUCAUUUACUAUUCAGUCAAAAAGGGCACCAGAAGUCACAUAACAAACACAGACGGUAGUUUAAAAUUACAGCUUUCCUGCCAUACCAAUGGCAGAGAGAAAGUCAAAAAUAGUAUCACUUUCUACAGUAUUGAAAAGUUCUGAAAGAGAGCUCACGUGAUAAAAGGAAUCUCGUACAGGAGCAAAGUCGCCACAGUCAAGCAAUAUGUGCUUGACUGUGAACCGUUGAUCACAAGCAAAGCAAUGAGGAGCAUCUUCUCCUUUUAACAAAUACCCAUGCGUAGCACGUGUGUGACCGAUACGACACCUCCUCAAAAUGCAAGCGGAGACGAUGCCGUGAAAGGGAAGGCGCUGGACCAACAAACUGACGAAUAUCAUGCAGUUUGUUGGUUGUCUGGCCAUCCCAUUGAGCCUGAAACAAGCGCUUGAUAUAGGAGCAAAUAUGUGAACGCAUGUCCGAAUAUGGAACGUCAGUUUGGGUAGUAACGGAAUGCAAAGCCGCCUUCGCGGCUUCAUCUGCAGCAGUAUUCCCAGGGAUACCCAUAUGCCCGGGCACCCAACAAAAGACAAUGAUAAAAUCUUCAUUAAGUCGUUUAAACAUCUCCCUGAUAGACAGAAUGUCUGGAUGUACAGGCGAACUAGCCCGAAUUGCCUGGAGGCAGGAAAGGGAGUCAGAGCAGAUGAGAAAUCUGCUACCUCCUAGCUCUGGAAUGGACCGAAGUGCGCACAAAAUUGCCUUGGCUUCCGCAGUAAAUACAGA